GUCGAGGCUUUGCGGAAGCAGGACCGUGAAACCAACGCAGAGCUGGCGAAGCUGCAGCAUCAGGUGAAAGAUCAGGAGCAGCGGAACAAAAUGGUCGAGGCUCAGCUCAAUGCCGAAAGGGUCAAGAACGCCAAUCUCGCCCCUCGGGAGGAGUUCGAGGCGGCAAAGGAAGAGAUCCGAGCGGCCAAAGCGAAAUGUCUCGAAUGGGAGGAAAGGUAUGCCGCAAAGGAGAAGGACUACCAGAACAUCGUGGAAGCUUACAAGAACGUCAGCGGCCACGACACUGGCGGAGUAGAGGCGAGACCCCUCACGCCACGGCCCUUCUGGUCGCACUGCCGAGGCGUUCUGGACCCAGAUGCCCUGCGGACCAUGCAGCAGAGCGAGCUGCUGCAGGACCUGGUCGUGCGGGUCUUGUCCACAGCCAGGCAGCUCCUAGCUGCAUACGGUCUGCACAGUGCGGCCCAGAAGUCACUGGUCUUCGCGAAGUUUGCCAAGCAUCCGACCACCGUGCCUUUGGUCUCCGAGUCUGCCUUGGCUGUGGGUGACAGGCAGAAGACUCCGCAGCAGGGCAACCCAGACGAGGGCGGCAAGGACGAGCAAGGCCUCCGCCGACGGAAUUCCUUCACCCAGGAUCCGAGAGUAAACAGCGCCAUGGCGACCGUUUCUUUGCAGCUGCAGAACCAGUUUUCCGGUCCCACGGUUCCACGCCGACUGCAUGAGUCGUUACCUGCUGCUCUCGACCAGCGGCUCAGCCCCGAGGAGUACCAGGCACUGAAGGAGCGCGUGGACCAGGAGCUGUUACCCAUUGCGGAAGCUGCCCGAGGCAUGCUGCCUUUGGGAUACCUGCUUUGUGGAGUGCAGCUGUUGAACGUGCUGAUUCUUGGUGUACUGGUGUGCCUUGAUGUGUUCCUGCUGGACGAGGUAAGCCUCUACGUGGCGGAAGGCAUCUUGGCCGUGGUGGUCACAAGCAUCGUCGUGCUGGGCAUCCUGUGGCUCUACAGCCGUCUGAGUAGAGUCGUCUACGAGGACGGGGGGGCAGCAAAGGGCAGCAACGCGCAGAGCUUUCCAUGGAUUCCCUCGCAUCUUCGCAGGCGGAGACGGCCCUUCGCGCUGCCUUGGCAGAGGAGAGUCCCUUUAAAAGACCUUGAGUUUCAGACUCAGAUAGGCCAUGUCGUCGCUCUCUGCCCGAAAGGAGUGCGCCAAGAUGCCGCUGACGCUGCAGUGCCUCCACCGAAACUCGGGAGAUCUCGAGAGUCUGAGUCUGUCGUGCAUCCUCACUCCUCGCCCUAA